AUUCCACUGCAGUAGUGGUCCAGUGCUGCCCGGUCCAUCCCUCACAAGCGAGCAUUCGAUACUCACAUUCACCGGGAUCGAACAUGGUCUGGGUCAUCGAAGACCAGAAACGGACUGUACCAGAAUUAGCAGUAAUCAGGAAUCGUUAAUUAAGACCGGGGAGGAUUCGUUAAGACUGGGAUUCGUAACGACAGAAAUCCUCGGGAUCCACCUGGACAUCUCCACAGACACUGGUAAUGGCUGAUUUUUGCUUUGACUGUCGACGAGACUACACUGUGAUUCGUCAUCCCGUCACCCGCACCUGUGGCCACACCUCCUGCAGGGAGUGUGUCAUCAAGCAACGACAGAGCCGACGCCAGUGCCACGCUUGCUUCAUGAAGCAAAUUGGCCUCAGAGAGCCUCGGGAAAGUCUCACAGAGCCAGCAGAGGGUGUACCAGCCACCUCCCUCACCACAGAACCUUCAUCUCCCUCCUCCAGGAUGACAGGAGCUGGUAGCACUCAACGUAAGAGUGGAAUACCAACGUUCGCAGACACCAAGAGGAGGUCUGAUAACCCGGGAGCAGUGUUCAACAAGGUUUCAAACAGUAUCCCCGGCGUUCACACAAGCCGUGUACCACCACCCACCAUCUAUGACCGCCGGGGAGCCACCAGUCACACUGACCUCCAGAAAGGGUCACGGGCCUGCGAUAAGGUCGGGAGUGUGGAGGCGAGAGCAGAGCAGAACCCGAGCAUAAGAAACUUCAUAAACAAAUAUGAACAGUUAGCACACAAAUCAGGUCAACCCUCAAACCUGCUGCCCAACAAGGAACAUGUAGGCGGUAAUAGAAGAUACCAGAUCAGUGGUCAGGUGUCCAGAGAGGACGCAGCAGACGGCCACUACAAUAAGCAAGGUACAGCUCUCAAACACUUGUCGAAGAGCACGGGAGAACUGAACAUACUCCUACUGGAGAAGACGCCGAACACGACCUCUGGCAAUAGUCAAGGAAGGCAAGGCCGAUUCUACGGCAGCAGAGAUGAGUUGAAUCAGGGCAUAACAGAAAGGAGGACUAUCCCUUCCCUUCUGAAGCAACCAAGUUCAACGGAACACAUCUUUGGUACCAGAACCAUGACCAAACCUCGGGUCUUAGCCCAGCGAAGCUCAUCACACGAUGGUAGAGCAGAGGCGGACAAUAUCAAUGUAAACAUCAGGAGGCCCACCUCCCUCAAGCGGCCUAAUUCUCUCGAAGGGCUGGACAACACCAACAGAGAGCUACCGAACAAGCUACAUCUUAGGAGAGGCUCACUCGGUCGCCUCUAUAACCAUGAACCAACGACCAUGUACACCCCAAGAAAAGCCUCACACACAGAGCUCUCCAUCGAGGGAGAUAAACCGUCGAAGUUCACAAGGAACGUGAAGCCAGGUUAUGCAGCCCAACACAGCAGCAGUACUAACAGCAAAAGUGCAAACAUAAACAGCACCAACAUUAGUAACAGCACCACCAACAGCAGCAGCAGCACCACCACCACCAGCAACAGCAGCAGCACCAGCAACAGCAGCAGCAACAACAGCAGCAACAACAACAGCAGCAGCAACACAAGUCACAAUCCUACACAACAGGAGGUGAGCAUGGAGACGGCCGGCAUCCACGCAGCCAGACCCAUCAUCAUUGUUGAGUCCAGAGACCCACUAUCAACCCUGGAUGACGACAACUGGGAGACGCAGGAGCAGCAACAGGUGACAGCUAUCCUAAAGGCAGAAGACUACAAACGGAUCAUCUCAGCACUCAAGACGGAGCUGAGGAGUGUCACACACAAGAAGGAAAGCGCUGAGAAGGAUUGUCUCAGCAUCCAGGAGGAACUGAAACAAACCAGGAAAGAGGUAAUCAAGGGUAAGACAGAGCAGUUGGUCUUGAGACAAGAGCUGACCAAGUUGGAACAUCUGGUCACCACUCAGGACACACACAUCGCCAACAUGGAACAAGAAAUUCAGGAGCUCAAAAGACCAUCAUCUUCAGGCGGGGAGAGACUGAGAGAGGAGGUUGAAGAGGAACUGAGGAGUAAGGAACACCAAUGGCUCAGUGAACGACUAGACAAGGAGCGGACCAUCGAAGCUCUGCAGCUGGAGCUGCGCGAGACCAGGCAGCAGCUGCAGCAGUACCACCAGCAGGAGGACCUUGUUGGGGAGUUGAAACAUCAACUGACGAAGAGCGAGCAUGAGAUCUCCAUCCUGAAGGUGCAGCUGCGGGAGAAAGAAACGGAGACCAGGAGGUACAGAGCCUUGGCCUCCAAGUCCCCUCUGGCCUUGCAGAGAGAGGCGCCCGUGGGACUCCCUAACUUUGGCAACACCUGCUACAUCAACUCCAUCAUCCAGUGUCUUUAUAGCAUACAGGCUCUUCGGCAGUAUUUUAUCAGUGAGAAAUACAAGAAGGACCUGAACAAUAUGAGCGAGCAGAAGGGGGAGGUGGCACUGGCACUCGCCGAGGUCUUCCAAGCUCUCAACUCUGGUACUAAGACUGACGAGUCCAUCAGGAAAUUUAAGAAAGUGAUGGCAAAGCACGACAGUGAGUUUGAGGGCCAUGAUCAGCAGGAGGCCCACGACCUGUUCUUAGCUCUGCUGCAGUGCCUGCAUAACGACCUCUCCAAGUCUAGCAACAACGAGCAGAUCAAUGACCACCACAGUAACUCCACCUCCUUCAUCGCCAGCAUCUUCUACGGUGUCCAGAAGUCUGUCAUAUAUUGUCGUGAGAAAAAAAUUACCGUGUACAGCUCCACUGAGUCUUUCAACAACCUGACCUUGUCAGUCUUAGGCACCGAGGAGCAUAAACUGGGGGUGAGGAUGUUGUUUCUUCAGCUCGUGUGUGUCUGCAUAUAUCUGCUGUACUCUCCACUAUUAUUAUCAUAAAAUAAAG